CAGGCCAAAAUGUCGGCCGACCUGUCGUUCGGGUCUGUGCCGCCCUAUUAUCGCGAAGUUUACGAAAUAUUGUGCCCGCAUGGGGAACAAGUGAAUGAAGAUUUGUUUGUACAACUUUUGUUAAAAUCCAAUUUGCCAAGACAGACUAUUUCACAGAUAUGGGAUAUAGUGGACAGUAAGCAGGGGUCUGUGUCUAGAACAGGACUAUACAAGGCUUUAGCCUUAACAGCAUUGGCCCAGCAAGGAAAAUCAGUCAACGAAAAACUCCUAGAAACAUUUUCAGGACAGGAACUUCCAAAACCAGGGUUAGGAGAUCUGGGUGACCUGAGAGCUACUAGUGUAAAGAUGAGACGCUCCAAAACACCCACCGUGCUGGGAUUUACAUUCCGAGAGCUGUGUGAACUAGAUACUGUGAAAGUAGAACUUGUUCCAGAGAAAAAAGGCCUAAUCUUAAAACAUGUUGAAUAUGAAGUGACUAGUCAGAAUUGUAAAGCGACCGUCCUCAGAAGAUACAACGACUUUGUAUCAUUUUACGAGCUAUUGAUGACAAGAUUCCCCUAUCGAAUGAUUCCAAGUCUUCCACCUAAGAAAAUGAUGGGAGCCAGUAGAGAGUUUAUUGAACAAAGAAGAAAAUCACUGAGAAGAUUUUUGAACUUGAUUGCUCGACAUCCUCAAAUUUAUGAUGACAAGCUUGUCUUUUUCUUCUUCACCUUUAAUGGUUCGGAUAUGCAACACAAGAUAAAGGAAGCCUUCCGAGGGAUACCUGAUGAAUUCAUGACCAGUAACUUAGCUAGUCAGGCAAAGGACCUAGUUCCUAUGGAUACACAGAUCCAGCUUGGCAACAGCAAAGAACACAUCCGCAUACUGAGCAACAGUAUUUCCAAAUUAAAGGAUAUCGCGGAGAGAAUGGUGAUGAGGGCGACCAGCUAUGCCUGUGAUAUGUUGCAAUUUGGACAGGAACUAAGUGUCCUGAGUAAUGACUCAACACAAGUGACAUCGUGGGCUACAGGAACGAAUGACUCCUGGGAAAGUUUAAAGAAGGGCUUUAAACACCUGUCUGUAGAGUAUGCUAGUCUGGGUGACAAGGCUUCUCAAGAGGCUGCAGAUGAAGCAGAGAAAGUGGUAGAAAAGUUAGCACUCUUUCAAGAUUUACUUUUUUCAUACAAGGAACUUUGUGAGAGACAUGAAAAGGGUGUUCUCCAAGAUCACCAACGGGCAAUCCAAAAGAUGGGUCAGUACAAGAAAAAGAAGAUGUCGGCAACUGUUGCCACCUCUGAGGUAGGAGCAGUAGAACAGCUGGAACAGAAAAUACUGCAACAAGAAAGCCAGAUUGCCAACAUGGAAAAUAGGAAUUACUACAGCUUACACUGUCUACAGAUGGAGACUCAAUUAAUAUAUGCAAAUGUUGAGAUACUAUACGACGUCCUCGGAGCAAUGGCUGAAACACAGGCUAAAUCACACACAGAGCUCAGCAGAGUGUGGAACGAAAUUCGACCAAUCAUAGAGAAUGUGAUAGGCAAAGAAAUUUCCUCACGGACUUCUCCGGCUGGUACACCCCUUAACAACAAUCACGCCGGCAUUACCUUAUGAAAACAAGCAAUACUUGUGUGAAUGAUUACUAGACUAUAACCUAUUGUCAGCAGGCAGUGUAUACCCAGUCUAGCAAUAGGAGUGCACUCCCUCAACUCUCAAGGUCACUCAGGGUCACUGACCUUGGCUGAAGAUAAUGACUGUGUUCAAAUCCCUCCUCGGUAACCUAUCAACAGAUGGUGUCUAUGUAAAUACAGGUGAUAUGUUGUCUGGGCCCAAUGUCUCUACAGGUAAUCUCUACAGAUUACUGUAGUCAUGACCUCAUUCUGCUUAAAUGCUAUAGGCCUCGCUAGACUUGCUCAGCCUUGUGAG